AUGUCAGACCGUCGAACUGUUUGGUACGCCUCUCACGGUUCAGUACGCCCUCAUGGUUUGGUACACCCCUCACGGUUUGGUACACCCCUCACGGUUUGGUACACCCCUCACGAUUCGCAAAACCUGCCGAGACUGGAGGGUAUCGAGACCAAGACACUACAGAGACCGGAGGGUAAGAAGACCAAGACGCUGCAGAGACCGGAGGGUAAGAGGACCAAGACGCUGCAGAGACCAGAGGGUAAGAAGACUGAGACACUGCAGAGACCAGAGGGUAAGAGGACCAAGACAGUGCAGAGACCAGAGGGUAAGAGGACCAAGACACUGCAGAGACCGGAGGGUAAGAGGACCAAGACGCUGCAGAGACCGGAGGGUAAGAAGACUGAGAUGCUGCAGAGACUGGAGGGUAAGAGGACCAAGACACUGCAGAGACCAGAGGGUAAGAGGACCAAGACACUGCAGAGACCGGAGGGUAAGAGGACCAAGACACUGCAGAGACCGGAGGGUAAGAGGACCAAGACACUGCAGAGACUGGAGGGUAAGAGGACCAAGACACUGCAGAGACCGGAGGGUAAGAGGACCAAGACACUGCAGAGACCGGAGGGUAAGAGGACCAAGACACUGCAGAGACUGGAGGGUAAGAGGACCAAGACGCUGCAGAGACCGGAGGGUAAGAGGACCAAGACGCUGCAGAGACCGGAGGGUAAGAGGACCAAGACACUGCAGAGACCGGAGGGUAAGAGGACCAAGACACUGCAGAGACUGGAGGGUAAGAGGACCAAGACGCUGCAGAGACCGGAGGGUAAGAGGACCAAGACGCUGCAGAGACCGGAGGGUAAGAGGACCAAGACGCUGCAGAGACUGGAGGGUAAGAAGACUGAGAUGCUGCAGAGACCAAAUGAGUUGAAUCUGUGA